GCCCAAACGACCACCUCGCGCUCAUUUGCUGGCUCAAACUCUUUCGGCACUUAUCUAAACCUCUCCAGAUUCUCUUGAUCUUGAACCACUACUAAUAUGUCGGCUACUAAGACCAAGUCUACAAAGACUAAGGCAGCCAAGCCUGCUGGCGGGAACUCUGCCUCCGCUAAGACCUCCACGCACCCCUCGUUCGUCGAUAUGAUCGCUGAAUGCAUUACUGAGCACCCGGAGGAGGCCCGCAGCGGAGUAUCUCGUCCAACUAUCAAGAAGUUCCUUGAAACGAAGUUCAAAAUCGAGAUGAAUGCUAGCAAUGUCACAAAUAUCAGCAAAGCUAUCACUCGUGGUCAUGAAACCGGCAAGUUUGUCUUGCCCAACGGUCUCUCCGGCAAAGUCAAGCUCGCCAGCAAGAAGGCCACUGAGGUGAAGAAGUCUGAAUCGAAAGAGAACAAGCCUGCAACCAAGCCUGCUGUAACCAAGGCGAAACCAGCUGUCACCAAGAAAGCACCUGUGAAGCCGGCGAAGCCGGCACCGAAGAAGACAGCCAAGACCGCAGCACCCAAGAAGGCUGCUACCACGAAGAAGCCUGUGGCAACGAAGGCUGCCAAUCCCAAGGCUAAGCCUGCGACCAAGGGUGCCGCUCCCAAGAAGGCCACUGCCGCACCCAAGAAGGCCAAAGCUACGAAGAAAACUGAAGCGACGAAACCAGAGUGAUGGCACCCAUCACUGGAUUUGAGAGCUGGAGUAAUUUUUUGUUGACAGCUUGUUAUUAGUACCGAGUUUGUUCUGUUCUUUUAUGAUUGUCUCCGAGUCUUUUAGUAUUUGCUGGACCAAUUGAACUCAUAAUGCC